AUGGAUGCCAACAAAACUGAACUGGGCAUCUCACCCGUGGAAAGUAACCGUCCUGGCUCCCUACUUGACACCGACAAUAAACCGGUAGUCAAUGAAUUGGUCGAGAAGUAUGGACAGACUCAGCGUGGUCUAAAGCCUCGUCACGUCCAGCUCAUGGCCAUCGGUGGCUCCAUCGGAACCGCACUAUGGGUCGGUAUUGGGGGCUAUCUGAGUCAAGCCGGACCGCUCUCUCUACUUCUUGGAUACACCUUCUGGGGCAUUUUCUUCAUUUGGCCCACGUACCUGUGCGUCGCAGAAAUGAUGGCAUAUCUCCCCGUUCGCGGCUCCAUUUUUGAACUUGCCUCUCGCUUCGUCGAACCAGCUGUUGGCUUCAGCCUAGGCUGGACCUAUUUCUUCGGGACGUGCAUGCUUGUUUGUGUUGAGUACAGUGCUGUUGCCGCCGUGGCCGAGUACUGGGAUAGUACGACGAAUCCUGCUGUAUGGAUAGCCGUUUCAAUGGCUAUCUGUAUUUUUCUCAAUGUUGUUGCGGUCAAAUGGUAUGGUGAAGCCGAGUUUAUUCUCGCCAUCACCAAGGUGUUCUUGCUCAUUCUCCUUGUCCUCAUCACUAUUAUAACGAUGGCCGGCGGAAAUCCCAAAGGUGAUGCCUAUGGGUUUCGUAACUGGAAGGACGGAGCCAUGCACGAAUACUACGCCAAAGGUCCCACUGGUAGAUUCCUCGGCUGGUGGUCGGUUGUUAUCUAUGCGGCAUUUACUAUCGCUGGGCCUGACAUGAUUGCCCUUGCGGCCGGUGAAAUCCAGAAUCCUCGUCGGACUAUUCCACGAGUCGCGCGUAUGAUAUUCUACCGUCUUGUCGGGUUUUAUAUCGUCGGAGCUCUUGCUGUUGGCAUUAUAUGCUCAUCGAAGGAUAAGAGGCUCAUUAGCGCUAUCGCAGAUGGCUCUUCUGGUGCUGCAGCGAGCCCAUGGGUAAUUGGCAUUCAGAAUCUUGGAAUCGGAUUCUUGCCUCACUUCAUCAAUGCCCUCAUCCUCGUGUCUGGGCUUUCUUGUGGUAACGCUUAUCUUUUCGCUGCUAGUCGAACGCUCUAUGGCCUUGCCAGAGAUCAUCAAGCUCCCAAGAUUUUGAUGAAAUGUACCAAGACUGGAGUCCCGAUCUACUCCACCGCAGCCGUCUCCUUGAUCUCUUGCGUUACUUUCCUUGUGGCCUCCAACUCGGCUAUCGAAGUCUUCUUCUGGUUCGUCGACCUCACCACCACCGCAUUCAUCGCUUCAUACAGCUUUAUGCUACUCGCGUACAUUGGGUUCUACCGUGCUCGCAAGGCACAGGGUCUCACUGACGAGUCCCUCUCUUACGUCGCGCCUUAUACACCAUACACUCCCAUAAUGGCCCUCGCUCUGGGAUGCACAGCGAUCUUUUUCGUAGGCUUUGACGUGUUCAGCCCGUUCAGCCUGCGAGGUUUCAUCACCUCUUAUUUUGCCGUUGCUUUCACUGCUGUUAUGUAUCUGGUUGGCAAGAUCAAGUAUUGGAGAGAGGGUAAGGGUAUCGUCAGUCCCAAAAAUGCAGAUUUGAUCACUGGUAAGGCUGAGAUUGAUGAGGAAUGCAGACACUGGGAGGAAGGAGGUAUUGAGGAGGUUGAGAAAGCUAGACUGGCUGAAAUGACUUGGGCCAGGCGUGCCUGGGAGAGAAUGUGGUAG